AUGUCGUGGCCAGAGCAACUCCAUGAGAACCCUCUAAUGGCAACGCCUGAGGAUGAGUUCUCCAACUUCCUCGAGUUCAAUAUGCCGUUUCCCGAUAUCGAAGGGCACGGACCAGCCAAUCUGCAACAUUCCCAGCAACAUUCCCUACCGACGACCACCUCCCCAGAGUCUGAGAUGGGCUACUCCCAAUCGCAUGCCGUACAGUACCCAGGCAAGAUAGAUGGCCUAGCCAUGGAUUUCAGUCAUGAUCCCACUCAGUCGCACGCAAAUUCUGUCAAUCAGAUGGCCUACUCGACCCCCGGUAUGACAGCGGGUUACUGCGCGCAAGAACCCUCGCCCGUAUCGCAACCACCCGCGCACCAACAUUACAUGCAGGGCCAGACGAUGAUCCCUCCCACUCCGAACAGUAUCGAAAUGCAUGGCAAUGCCGCCCGCUACUCGCAGCGGGUGGAUGGAACACCCGAGAUCUAUGAUAGAUAUGGGCGUAUCAAUGAAGAGCAGGCUCUUUACACCCCUCUCGUAUCACCAGCCAUGACACCCCUGGAAAACCAAUUUCGACUUCCCGAAUACACUAUACCCGGCGAAUACUUCACACCACUCACCUCUCCUGCUCUAGAGGCCCAAAAUGCCGAAUCCAACAGCUACCAAUUCCACGCAAGACAGGUGUCGGACGUGGGCUUCGUUCCCACGACUGCAGAAGUGAAUCACCUUCCCGGAACCUCGGCUCCGCCCUCUCCCAGCAUCAUUCGGAAGCCCAAUAACCGCCGACGCCCAUCAACGACCACUACCCGGCUUAACAAUGCACGGAAGGUCAAGCAGUCGCCCAAUAUCCUGGCACAGCGGAAACGCAGCACACUGGCGACAAAUUCAGAGGAGUUCUACAACAGCCUUACUCAAGAGUUAAAUUCCACGAAGCCGCGGAACCAGGAUAUCCGCUCUCUCCAGAUUAGCAGCAAUGAAGGCUCCGGUCAAGAUUCGGUCUCUCCUGAGCCAUUAUCAGAACCGUUGAUGCCACCCCCUGCUCUUCCUCAUCCCCGGGCGUCCCCAGCCAUUGCUCCCCAUGUUCCUUCACCUGGCCUUGCUGCGACUCCCUCGCUUUUGAUGCGCCUCCAGCGGAAUUCGCACGCCCAGAGCGCUUCGAGUCCUUUCGGUCAAGCGCAGCUUGCGGAGUCUGAGGUUCCUGAUGAGCUGAUGGAGGAUAUUUCCCUGCCGGAGGCGGCCACAUCUACGCAACUGCGUCCCAAGAUCAAUCGAAUUGAGACUGCUAUAAGAACUCCAUCGCUAUCCACGAAUGGAACGUCAGCCUUGGAGCCUUCGUCUGCUUCGCUUGCUCCCAGCCCGUGUACGACUGCAAUGCCAUCUCCCAGUGGGCCGGUCCCUCGGAAAGAGCCUUCCAGAGCCUCGUCUCGGAAACGACCCAGUCUGAGCUCCACACACGCUAGCCCGCAGCUGCGCCCCAAGAUCAGCCCCAGUAUCCAGCCUCUCGUGAAAGGCAGCGAGGGCAUGUCCCACGAUGCUCUUUACCUAGCAUCGAAGUCAAAUUACCAGCACAUUCUUGAUGGUACCCUCCCCUCGGGUGUUUCCUACCCUGAGGCUUUGGCAGAGAACCUUAGUUCCAAGCGCACGAAUCACAAGCUUGCCGAGCAGGGUCGCCGGAAUCGGAUCAACAGUGCCCUCAAGGAGAUCGAGCUCCUCAUCCCGAAGGACUUUAUCGACGCGCGGAAUGCCAAGGAGACCGCAGAAUCUGGCAAUAAGCCUACCGACAAGGAGAAAGAAAAGGAAAAGGCCAAUCAGACCAUCAGCAAGGCCACUGCUGUGGAGAUGGCUAUCGAUUACAUCAAGGCACUGAAAAUGACAUUGGACGCAACCAGUGCCAAAUUGGCAGUGGCCGAGGCCAAACUAUCCGGGAACUCCGAAGAUGCGGCUGCAGUUGGAGGAUCAACAGCCAAGGAGGCUGGUGCAAGUGGAUCUAAGUGA